UUCUUUUUCAUAUUUUUGGUGCUGUUAAUGUUUUUGGGGUUAAGAAAUUAGGGAAAUGAAGAAAGAAAAAAAUAUUGUGCGAGACUACAGUAUUAGGGAACUUCAAUUACUGUGUUUUUAGCUACUACAGUUCAGCUCAGUUCUUGCCACUCAUAAAGCGUCGCGAGUGUCGACUUCCAUAGUAAUUGUUGAUGGAACCAAACUGGCCAACAUCUAGUGACGGUUAUGCUGCUGAUAUAUCUUCCAUCAGGCAAGCUCAAGUACGCAUUGAGCCCUUUGCGCACAAAACUCCUGUCCUCACUUCAGAAACCUUAGAUUCUAUUGCUGGAAGAAAGCUGUACUUUAAAUGUGAAUGCUUUCAGAAGGGGGGAGCUUUUAAAUUCCGGGGGGCCUGCAAUGCUAUUUAUUCACUUGAUGAUGAUCAGGCCGUUAAUGGAGUUGUAACUCAUAGCAGUGGAAAUCAUGCCGCAGCUCUUGCGUUGGCUGCAAAGCUACGGGGCAUCCCUGCAUAUAUAGUUAUACCAAAAAAUGCUCCAAAAUGCAAAGUUGAGAAUGUCAAACGUUACGGUGGUCAGGUUAUCUGGAGUGAGCCAUCGAUGCACUCCCGAGAGGAUACUGCGAACAAGGUGUUGCAAGAUACUGGUGCUGUUCUUAUACAUCCCUAUAAUGACGGGCGCAUCAUAAGUGGGCAAGGUACAAUAUCACUGGAGCUUCUGGAACAGGCUUCAGAGAUUGACACUUUAAUAGUCCCAAUUAGCGGAGGUGGUCUGAUAUCUGGAGUUGCAUUGGCUGCCAAGGCCAUUAAUCCUGCCAUUCGCAUUUUGGCUGCCGAACCAAUGGGAGCAGAUGAUGCUUUCCAGUCGAAGGUCAACGGUAGGAUCACUAAGUUAUCUGAAGUCAACACUAUUGCCGAUGGGCUUCGAGCUUUUCUUGGAGAUCUCACAUGGCCUAUUGUCCGCGAUCUCGUGGAUGACGUCAUAGUUGUUGAUGAUAAAGAGAUAAUACAGGCUAUGAGACUUUGUUAUGAAAUUCUAAAGAUUGCAGUGGAACCAAGUGGAGCUAUUGGCCUUGCUGCUGUUCUUUCUGAUAGUUUCCAGAAAAAUCCAGCCUAUAAUGAAUGCAAUCAUAUUGGCAUUGUAAUUUCUGGAGGCAAUGUUGAUCUUGGCGUGCUCUGGAAUUCCCUUGAUAAUUGAGAAACUCUGUAUUCAAGCAGAAGCGGAUUCAGAAUUUGAACUUUAUUGGUUUGAGUUUGAAAUUCAACGACAAUUCAUUUGAUUUGCUGGGUUCAAAAUCAGUUACUAUUUGUACUUAUUUAGUGAUUUUUUUAAUAUAUAUAUAUAUAUAUAAGGUUCAAUUCAAAGCUAUUGAGUUCUGAUGAACUCAUAACUUUGCACUCUACAUCCGUCCCCGGUGACAAGUGUUAUUCAAGUUAUCAUUGUUUUUGUUCUC